AUGAGUGAUGACUCGCCUUCAUCAUCAACGGAUGAACCAAUAAAUCCAAAAAUUUCUUCGUAUGUUGGUAAACAUAUUUAUUUUGACGAAGAACACAAUGAUGAUGAAAAUUUAACAACAGAAAAAAUAAUUGAACGUUCAACACCCUCAACAAUUCGUGUUGAUAGUAGUGAUUUAAUAUCACGUUGUAAAGAUUUUAUUCCAUUAUUAUCAGAUACAAAUCAAAAUUCGACAAAUAAAGAUAAAUUAAAUGAAAAUAUUUCUUUAGAAAAAAAUGAUGAAUUUAAGUUUCCAGAUGUUGAUGAUAAUUCAUUAUCGGAAAAAAGUUCAAAAGAAAGUGGUGAAGUUUCAUCAACAACUGAUGAUGAAAAACAAAAUGAAAUUAUUAAAAAAAAACGUCAAAAGAAAAAAAAGAAAAAGAACAAAAAAGUUAAAUUAAAUGAUGAUCUAAAUCAAGAUAAUAAUGUUACAACUUAA